AUGACGGAAGUUUUGUCAUCUAACAACGAGAUUGCGGGAGAUGCUGGUGUUGCCAAAGGGCAGGAUGGCCCACAGAAGGACAUUCUGAUCGAGGAACUGGACGAGUUGCUCGAACGAUACCUCCACACGCUUGACGAAUAUCAAAGAUUCAAAGACGAGCUUUCGAAACAGUUGUCUUCGGGUUUCAUGUCCUUGGCUCAAGCAAACUUCCACAACUCCUCCUCCGCAAUCAGAUAUGGCCAGGACUGUUACGAUGACCGUAUGCAAGCUAUCCGUAAAGUGUAG